AAUGAAAUCCGAGUUACAGGAGCAAAAGCAACAGGAUCGUCUACUUCGAGAGUUACACUUAAAACGCGUUCAAUCAUUAAGGAAAGAAUUGGAUUACAUUAAGGCAACAGAGUGGAGAUACCAGUCAAUUGAUCGGUACAUGGAUAGAUAUAAUAGAAAUUAAAUAUGUUUUCAUUUAUAUGUACCCUUCUAAAGUAUGCUAUAGGACAUAGGUCAUCCAUUAAAGACGAACCAGAUGAAGAAAUAAACAAUGUUAUAGCUCGCAUUGAAAAUGUGUAUAGAAAAGAAAUAAAAGAAGAUGAAAGUUUUAAUACGGAUGCAAGUUAUUACAAAACAGGAAGUAUUACUUUUAUUGCCACAGAUUACAUAGUAGUUGAUGACUUUUAUGUUUAUGAUAUAAAAAACACUUCAAUAAGUAAUUUAAAAGUAGGUGAUAAAGUUUCUUAUUUGCUCUCACCAGAGCAAGACAAUCUAGAAAAACAACACAAAAUAAAAAAGAUUUUUAUAUCAAAUGAAUCAUGGGAUAAUGAAGUAGAACAUUCUGAAAUUGAUAGUACCAAACCAGAAACAUUAACAAGAUGUGUAAUUGGAAAAGUUACAGAACGUAAGAAUCGACUAUUAGUUGUAGAACCUGACAACAUCACUGUUGACUUGAAUAAAGUACAAUCUGAUUUUAUCCCUGUAAUUGGAGACUGGUUAAAAUUAGAGUCAGAAGUAGAAAUCGAUGAAAUUUCUUACAAUUUAAAUGGAGAAAUUUUAGAGAUAAAAAAAAUACAACCUCUACGAUCAAAGUUAAAUAUUGGAACUGUAACUAGUUUUAAUCCAAUUAAAGGAGUUGGUGUUAUUGAAAACGGUGUUAUAUUUAAUAAAAACAUAUGUGAAUCUGGCUACAUUCCUCGUGUUGGUGAUAAAGUAAUAAGUGAUAGUAUUGAGAGUGACCAAGGAUUUUAUACAUGGAGGUCAUUGACUGUGGUUCCAUUAUUUCAGGCAAGUUUAACAUUUGAAACAGAAAAUAAUUGUUUUACAAUUAAUUUUUGAGAAUACAUUAAAUUGUAUUUUCAAUCAAUUUUACUUAAUAACAACAAGAAAGAUUACUUAUAAUAAAAAGUCUAGUAAAAUGUAAUUUUACUAAAAAUAAAUUAAUUUUUUUAGGUCCCUAAAGAAGCUAAUUUACCAAUAUUAAGUAAUACUUCAUAUAAAUUAAAAAAGGAUUUAAAUGAACUUGUAAAAAAUAAAUGCGGUAUUGUUAUAAGUGAUAAUAUAAAUAUUGAUUUAAAUGUACAAGAGGAAAAAAAUUUAACAAUUACUAUAGAAAAUAGAUCGAUUUCAUUCUUUAUUAUAUCUGGAAGAAAUUGCUCAAAUGAUAAAUAUGCAACAAUACAAUAUAAGUAGCACAGUAAUGAGACACUGUGGAGAAUAUUUGGUUAUGGAAGUGCCAGGGCUUGCAGAGAAACGUCCUUCUCUUCUUGUUGGUGAUAGGGCCAUAGUAUCUUUCAAGUGGGAUAGUUCUCAAGG